AUGGAUUCAUCUUCUUCCAGGCCUAAACUUAAGAGCGUGCCACAAAUUAAGAUUAAUACAUGGAUUAAGACAGCAGUAAAUUCCAAAGUUGAAAAUGUUGAGAUUUAUGACGAAACUCUUGACAAGUUCAGUUUUGAGAUGCCCUCUUGCAUUUUCAACCUGAAUACCAUCACUGUUUUGAAACUAAGUGGGGUUACAGUAAAGACUCCUUAUGUUGACUUGCCUUCCCUUAAAGUUUUGCAUUUGAACAAGGUUCUAUUUCCAAAUGUCAAAUCCUUCCAAGAUCUUCUUUAUGGCUGCCCUUUGCUUCAAGACUUGGCACUAAAAAUUUGGGGCACAACUGAUCCUCAUCGGUAUGAGCGCUUUUCAAUUAAUAAAGAAGAACUUAAAAAUUUGAUUUCAGCUGAUGUUUCUUUCUAUUCAUUUACUACUUUGGAAUCUUUGUCUAAUGUUAAAGCACUGCGGAUACAUAGGAUUGGUUUUUCACCUCUCCCUGAUACUACAAUAUUUUAUAAUUUAAUCCACCUGGAAAUAAGUUAUUAUUCAUAUAGCUCGGAUGAAACAAUAUUGCAAUGCUUGCGAAAUUGCCCCAAGCUUGAAACUCUUACAAUUGAUAAGGUUUAA